UUGCGAAAACCGCAAGGCUCUAUUUCCUAUAAAAACCGAAAUACCCUACAAGUUUGUAGACCCCAUGCAACUGAUGAAGUCUAUUAUAUUGUCAUGAAAUUCGUUUAAAAUUAUUGUUGAGGAGCUUUUUAAUAACAUUAUCAAAUUCAAUAUCAGAUUAGCAAACAGAUCAGUAUCUGUUACGAUAAUAAAUAUAUCAAUGACGUGAAUGGUUGAUGCCUGCUCUUUACUUGGAAUCUCAUUCGUUUAUCCGGAAAAUUGGGAAAAUGUGGGUAUCAAUGAAACAUAGGUCACCCACGCCGUCAGCCGUCACGUUUAUGCUGCGUACGCCUGCGCGUCAUUAUUGAUAUGAGCCCAACUUUUCGCUUUUGCGUGGGUCUUCUAGGUAAGAAUGGCCCACAUCCAUGGGGAAAUUUUGCCUUUAGGGUAGUUGAAACGUCAAUGCCGUAUUGAAAAGUCGGGCGAUAAACCGGAUACAAGAUGGCCCGAAUGGGAACUGUUUAUUUCCAGUUUUUCGUCAUUUGUAUUUCUUUGACAAGCCUAACGCAGUCUAUCGAGUUAUCAAAUAAUAAGGGAUCAUCAAAGCCGAUAAGACCAAGAACCAGCACAGCACCUUCACUGGAAGGUGUCACACCUAAGGCUGCACCAGUUAUCUCGACAACCCCUAAAGAUGACAGCGGUGUUGCCAUUUAUCGAGUCCUCAACCGGAUCACCGAUACGACGUGUAUUUUACUUAAGACUGACGCCUUGGUCGAGGUCACCUUCAAACUGCAUAAAUUAGAUGAAAAAGCCGCGUCUCUAAUUCCCGAAAAAGCGAUGAUCGAUGGAGACUGCGGCCUGGAGGAACGUGUAACUAUGAACUUAGUGUGGUCCGGAUAUAAGCUGACCUUAUCUUUUAAAAAGACCCCUGGUGGCGAACUGUGGUACAUCAAUAAUGUAGAACUGGAUGCUAGUGUCGACCUUCCAGAAUAUCACGGAAUUCCUACUAGAGAUAAAACUAUUAGACUUUACAAUGACAGCAUGCUCCUUCCUACUCCAGUUGGCAGAUCGUUUUUAUGCAACGAAGAAGUGGAGAUCCUACUGAAGACUCGGAAGGAGGACAGGCCUCCGCAAGGAGUCCGAGGCUCCUUACUACUCAGAGCCUUACAGUUACAACCAUUUAUGUACAGAAGUGAAAACUUUUCAAGGCCAUUCGAGUGUAAUGCACAGAGAAGUUUUAGGAGCGAGACAGCACCAAUAGCAGUGGGAUCUACGCUAGCCAUAGCUGCCUUAGCUACUGUGACUGGGUAUAGCGUAUAUCGAUACUAUCGGGUGAAGAAUAUCCAGUACAAUACUAUGGAAUAAGUUUUGCGAUUUUUCUAAAAAUAUAUUUCAAGGGAAAAGUUAUCAAUACGUGCAUCUGUGAGACCUGCGUAUUAUACAUAGUUUCUUCGGCGCCUCGUUUGUUAGCCUUUUGUAUUAAGAUAGGUAAUUUCGAAGAAUUUCCUAAUUAAUGGGUCUAUAAUAGAAUUAUUGUAAGUAUACCGAACUUAAUUAUUUCCAAGCAAAUGUUUGGUAAUUUAAACAUAUCACUGACUUUUGCACUGAAAAAUCUGUAAUCUUACUUAAGUGAAACUUCUUCGUACAUAUAUCAAACUUUAAGCGUAAAAUGACUUUUUUGUCAAUUAAUAAAACACAUCUUUCCCUAAAUGCCAAAUUAUACUAUUUUAUAUUACAUCCGUAAAUCUUCUAACAUUAUAAUCAUUACUAACAAUGAGCACUUUUAUGCACAACUUAAAUUUCUCUUAGAAUCACUCUUGUUCACAUUUUUCACAAAAUUUGAUCUCUUCCAAAAAGUCCAAUGAAUACAAAAUUUUUAUUUGACAUAUCAAUAGAGUACAUAUUUCCAUUCUAUUAGCCAUUAAGAAUAUGAAAAAGUUAAUUUACAGGGUACCCCAAAAUUUUACAGCAUGUACUGGGACACUCUGUUUUU